UGGCAGCGCCCACAUGUACACUUGAGCUGUGAAGGCAGCGACAGCAGGAGCAAUUUUUUAAUGUGUUUUUGUGCGUGACUCGUUAAAAAUGCGGCUUCUACUCGAGCUGAGCCGCGCGGCUGUUCGCCUCCAUGCACGCUCAUGUCACCAAAGUGUUUACAGCAGACACACAAACCCGCGGAGUGUGCGAGUGGAACUUGGAGACAAGAAACUUGAAAUAUCUUCCGGAAGAUUGGCUAGAUUUGCUGAUGGAUCUGCUGUGGUGCAGAUGGAGGACACGACUGUGAUGGUGACCGCUGUGAGCAAAACCAAACCCUCCCCGUCUCAGUUCAUGCCUCUCGUGGUGGACUACAGACAGAAAGCAGCGGCUGCCGGCCGAAUCCCCACCAACUAUCUGAGACGAGAGCUGGGCACCACCGACAACGAGAUCCUCACCAGCAGACUGAUCGAUCGAUCGAUUAGACCACUUUUCCCCUCCGGUUACUUUUAUGACACUCAGAUUCUUUGCAACCUGCUGGCUGUUGAUGGCGUUAAUGAUCCGGAUGUGUUGGCUAUUAAUGCAGCCUCUGCAGCUCUGGCUCUGUCCGACAUCCCCUGGCAUGGACCCAUCGGUGCUGUGCGUGUGGGAAUGGUUAAUGGAGAGUUGCUGGUCAACCCCACGAGGGCAGAGAUGGCUUCCAGCACUCUGAACCUGAUAGUGGCCGGAGCUCCCAGCAGUCAAGUGGUGAUGAUGGAGGCGUCGGCGGAGAACGUGCUGCAGCAGGACUUCUGCCAUGCGGUGAAGGUGGGAGUCAAACAUACGCAGCAGAUCAUCUUCGCCAUCCAGCAGCUGGUCAGAGAGCAGAAGGUCACCAAGCGCACGCCCAUCAAGAUGUUUUCAGCUCCUAAUGACAUGGUUGAGCAAGUUCGGAAAGCAGCUUCUGAGGGGAUCUAUGCCAUUUUUACUGAUUACAGUCACGAUAAGAUUUCAAGAGAUGAAGCAAUCAACAAAAUUCGUCUGGAAGUUGAAGAGAACCUAAAAGAAAAAUUCCCACAAGCUGAGCCCUUUGAGAUCAUUGAGUCCUUCAACACUGUGUGCAAAGAAGUCUUCCGCGGGUUAAUUCUCAACGAGUACAGGAGGUGUGAUGGGAGAGAGCUGACCACUUUAAGGAACAUUUCUUGCGACGUUGACCUUUUUAAGCCUCUCCAUGGCUCAGCGUUGUUUCAGCGAGGACAGACGCAGGUGCUGAGCAGUGUCACGUUCGAUUCCCUGGAGUCCAGUGUGAAAGCAGACAUUAUCACCACAGCUCUGAGUGGAGUCAAAGACAAAAACUUCAUGCUACAUUAUGAAUUCCCUCCAUACGCUACCAAUGAGAUUGGGAAGACAGGCGGACUGAACCGGAGAGAGCUGGGACACGGAGCGCUGGCUGAGAAGGCUCUCAGACCGGUCAUUCCGAAGGACUUCCCGUUCACUAUCAGGGUCACAGCUGAGGUGCUCGAGUCAAACGGAUCCUCCUCGAUGGCUUCAGCUUGUGGAGGCAGUCUUGCUCUCAUGGAUGCAGGUGUUCCCAUCUCUGCUGCCGUUGCAGGUGUAGCUGUUGGCCUCAUUUCUAAAGCCAACCCAGACAAGCCCACUGAGAUCGAAGACUACAGAUUACUAACAGAUAUUCUGGGAAUAGAGGAUUACCUGGGAGAUAUGGACUUCAAAUUAGCAGGAACAAAUAAAGGCAUCACUGCUUUACAGGCAGAUGUGAAGAUACCGGGGUUACCGCUGAAGGUGGUGAUGGAGGCCAUCCAGCAGGCCACAGUGGCAAAAAGGGAAAUUUUGGGCAUCAUGAACAAAUGUAUCGCAAAACCCAGAGAGCGCAGGAAAGAGAACGGACCUGUGAUCGAAACUGUGAGGGUACCAGUGUCCAGAAGAGCUCGCUUCGUCGGUCCGGGUGGCUACAACCUUCGCCGGCUUCAGGCUCAGACAGGUGUAACAAUAAGUCAGGUGGAUGAGGAGACUUUUUCAGUGUUCGCACCAACGCCUGGCGCCAUGCAUGAAGCCCAGCAGUUUAUUCACGAGAUCUGCAAAGACGACCAAGAGCAGCAGCUGGAGUUCGGCGCUGUCUACACUGCCACCAUCACAGAAAUAAGAGAUAUUGGUGUGAUGGUGAAACUGUACCCCAAUAUGAGUGCUGUGCUGCUGCACAACUCACAGCUGGACCACAAGCGGAUCAAACACCCCAGUGCUUUGGGUUUGGACGUGGGGCAGGAGAUUCAGGUGAAGUACUUCGGACGAGACCCGACAGACGGCCGCAUGAGGCUCUCGCGGAAGGUGCUGCAGUCUCCUGCCGCCACCGUUGUCAAGACACUGAGCGAGAAACAGAGCAUCUCCAUGGGUUCCAGCAACAGCCACUCAACCACCAGCGACUCCUGACUGCUUCGACCACUGAUCUCUGGAUUUUUCAGCGAAAGACCAGAAAACCCAGGAGCAUCUAAUCUCACUCUGAACUGAAGAGUGGUUGUGACUGUCAUGCAAACAAUCUGACAUAGAGGCAAACGUGUUGAAAACUUAAAAACAAGUUAUUUUAAUGUUCUCUCAUACGUCUGCAUCAAAAAUGUAAGAUUUUUUUUCUUUUUUCAGUAAAUUACAUCCAAGCCUUGGUAGCACUGCCUCGUGUGCAUAUUCACCUCCAUGUUUGUUUCUGCUGUGUCAGUCAUGCAGUUGGUAUCAAGCUCCAGACAAACAACAGGAAGGGAGAAUUGUGUGUUUUUUUUUUAAAUAUCCUGUUCAUGUUAUGUAAGAUUUAUUUUGUAAGUCCGUGUAAAUAAAACAAUUGCUGAUG